GAUUUACUUCCGGGACUGCUUUGGCGUCGGUGAUCCACGUGGGUCCGAGCUGAUAAGCCGUAGCUCGGGAGACUUUCUCCCGCGGCUUCCACUUCCCAAUCCGACCGUCUGACGGCGGCUCCCGGGACAGAAAUUGACAUGGCAUCCCAGGAGGACAGCUUCCCUCGAGGGGGUUUGAAAAAGAAGGCGCACCCAGAGAAAGCUCCCCAGCAGCCAAUUGAACACGAUAACUUAUUUGAUAUUCCUACUGAGGAAGGAUCCCGAAAAAGAAAAAGGAGCCAAGAACAAGCUGCUAAAAAUAAAAGGCCAAAAGCAGAAAAAAAACAGCCCAGCAAACCUGAAACAGAGCAGUAUGGGAUACUCAGCAUUGAGGCUCUAAGUGAAGGGAUGCGGCUCCUGGGCUGUGUGAAGGAGGUAAAUAAUCUGGAGCUUGUGGUCAGUCUGCCUAAUGGUCUCUGGGGAUACGUGCAAGCGAGCAAUAUCUGUGAUGCCUAUACCAAGAAACUGAAUGAACAGGUGGAUCAGGAGGAGCCCUUGGAGGAGCUGGCUCCCUUGUCCAAGUUAUUCCAGCCGGGGAUGCUGGUACGCUGUGUUGUCAGCAGCCUCAAUUCUGCCUCGAAGAAAAAGAGUAUCAGACUGUCCCUGAACCCCAAAGAUGUCAACGCAGUGCUCAGCCCUGGGGCCUUGAAGCCAGGCAUGUUGCUCACAGGCACAGUGCACAGCGUGGAAGACCAUGGUUACCUGGUGGAUAUCGGUGUGGGAGGGACUAAAGCCUUCCUGCCUUGGCAGAAAGAUCAGGAGUACAUCAAACAGAAAAGCAAAGGUACUAAAAUGCACGUGGGCCAGUAUCUGAACUGCCUCAUUAAAGAAGUGAAAGGCAAUGGGGAGAGUGUCCAUCUGUCCACUAUACAGUCAGAGGUUUCGGCGGCCAUUGCUACAGAAAAGCAGAACUGGACGCUGGAUAACUUGUUACCAGGGCUGGUGGUUAAAGCUCAAGUGCAGAAGGUGACCCCUCAUGGUCUCACCCUGAGCUUCUUCAACUCCUUCACUGGACUGGUUGACUUUAUGCACCUGGAUUCCAAAAAGACAGGCCAUUACUUCCAAACCCAAAUGGUGAGGGCCUGUAUCCUCUCAGUUCAUCCACGUACCAAGUCUGUGCGACUAACAUUGCACUCUUCCUUCCUGCAAGCUGGCCGUCCCAUCACUCGUCUCUGCCACCACCUCAUUGGAGCCGUAUUGAAUGAUGUUCCUGUCCAGGGCUUCUUUGCAAAGGCUGGUGCCACCUUCAGGCUGAAGGAUGGGUCUCUGGCCUAUGCCAGGAUCAUGCACCUCUCCCAGACUGAGAAGUCCUUUAAGCCAGAGAAUUUCAAGCCUGGAAAUAUGCACAAGUGUCGGGUUAUUGAUUUCAGCCCAAUGGAUAAUCUGGCGUUGUUGUCUCUGAAAACGAGCAUCAUCACAGCUCCGUUCCUGAGAUAUCAUGACCUCCAGCCAGGGCAGAUAGUCAAGGGCAAAGUGUUUGCACUAAGAUCCUAUGGGAUGAUUGUGAAGGUGACCGAGCAAAUCAAAGGACUUGUGCCCACUUUGCAUUUGGCUGAUGUCCAGAUCCGGCAUCCUGAAAAGAAGUAUCAUGUCAAAGAUGAGGUCAAGUGCCGGGUUCUGAUAUGUGACCCCGAGAACAAGAAACUGCUAAUGACCUUGAAGAAGACCCUGGUGGAAUCGAGCCUCCCGGCUCUCACAAGCUACAGGGAAGCCAAGCCCGAGCUACAGACACAUGGUUUCAUCAGCAGCAUCAAGGACUUCGGUUGUAUUGUCAAGUUCUACAAUGAUGUGAGGGGACUGGUACAGCGGAAGGAGCUGGGUGCCCAGCCCAUCUCAGCCCCCGAGGAAGCCUUCUACGUGGGACAGGUAGUGAAGGUCACAGUGUUGAAAAGUGAGCCGGAGCAGGAGAGGAUGCUCUUGUCCUUCAAGCUAUCCAAUGACAAAAAGAUGGAAGGCCCAGCCCAGAGUCAGAAGAAAGCUACAGUCCAGAUUGGGCAGUUAGUAGAUGUGAAGGUGAAGAAGAAGACUGAGAAAGGAUUAGAGGUGUCCAUCCUACCCAACAACAUCCAUGCCUUGCUUCCUGCAACACAUCUGUCAGACAAUGUCACCAACAGUCAGCUCCUCUGCUACUGGCUCCAGGAAGGUGACAUCCUCCACAAGGUCUUGUGUUUGAGCCACAGUGAUGGUCAUAUUGUCCUGUGCAGGAAACCCGCCCUGAUCUCUGCUGUGGAGAGUGGCCAGGAUCCCAAGGUCUUUUCUGAAUUCCAGCCUGGGAUGCUGCUUACUGGUUUUGUGAAAAGUGUCAAGGCCUAUGGUGUCUUUGUCCAGUUCCCAUCGGGCCUCACUGGAUUGGCUCCCAAGUCAGUCUUGAGUGACAAGUUUGUAACCACAGUCAGUGACCACUUUGUUGAGGGACAGACAGUGGUCGCAAUGGUGACCAACGUGGAUGAGGAGAAAGAGCGGAUGCUGCUCUCCCUGCGUCUGUCGGAUGUCAGCCAGGAGGACACGGCUGUUAGCUCCCUCACCCUCCUAAGCCAGUGCUUGGAGGAGCUGCAAGGUGUUCGAAGCCUCAUGAGCAGCCGAGACUCUGUGUUGACUCAGACACUGGCUGAGAUGACCCCAGGGCUGCUUGUGGAUCUGGUGGUGCACGACAUGGCAAGUGAUGGCUCUCUGAUGUUCAGCAAUGGCUCAGUGCCUGGCCUAGUAGUGAGGGCCAGCAGAUAUCACCAGGGAGGGAAAGCGCUGGAUCCUGGGCAAAGAACAAAAGCUGUCGUCCUUCACGUUGAUACGCUGAAGUCAGAGGUUCAUGUUUCCCUUCGCCAGGAGCUGGUGAACAGAAAAGCCAAGCAGCUGAAGAAAGACACUGAGCACCGAGCAGUUAUAGAGCAUUUGGAAAAGACAUUUGCCGUAGCCUCCUUGGUGGAGACUGGCCAGCUGGUGGCUUUCCCGGUGGCCUCUCACCUCAAUGACACCUUCCGCUUUGACUCAGAGAAGCUGCAGGUUGGUCAGAGGGUCUCUUUGAUCAUCAAGAGUACAAAGCCCAGUGACAUUGGCCUCUUCUUAGCCGUUGAGAGUUCAGUCAAGAAGAGGACUCCAGUUCUGCCCUCGGUGGCUCCUGAGCCUGUGGGGGAAGAAUCAGAAGUGAUGAGCAAGCUGCUGGAGAAACCCACCCUGCCCAUUGGGGAGGUGGUCACUGGAACUGUGAAGUCUGUCAAGGCCACCCAUGUCGUCGUGACCCUUGAGAAUGGCCUUAUUGGCUGUAUCCAUGCCUCCCAGAUUCUGGAUGAUGUGCCCCUUGGCACCCAGCCUACUGCCAAGCUGAAAGUUGGAAAGUCAGUCACUGCUCGAGUGAUUGGCCAGAGAACUUUGUUAACUCACAGGUCCCUCCCAAUCAGCCAUCCAUCAAGUUCGCAGACUGUGUCUGAGCUGAGUAUUCGACCAAGUGAGCUGGAGAAAGACGUCAGUAAUGACCCCAGCACUCAGUCCUCUAGCCCCACAGAGAAGCUCAAACAGUACCCUCCUGGCCAGACGGUGAUCUGUUUUAUGAGAAAGUUCAACGUGAUCAGAAAAUGGCUUGAGGUGGAGAUAACUUCUGAUGUCCGGGGAAGAAUCCCUCAGCUGUUGACCUCUCUCAGUUUCAAGGUUCUGAAGCGUCCGGAGAAGAGAUUCAAGAUCGGCCAAGCCUUGAGUGCUACUGUGGUCGGCUCAGAAUCCCCGAAGGGCUUCCUCACCUUGUCUCUCGUAGGUCCUCACAAAUUGGAAGAAGGAGAAGUAGCCAUGGGCCGCGUGGUGAAGGUCAUCCCCAAAGAGGGACUGCAAGUCCUCUUCCCAUUUGGGAAAGUUGGGAAAGUUAGCAUCUUUCACCUGAGCGACUCUUAUCUGGAGGCGCCCCUGGAAGGCUUCCACCCUGAGAAAAUGGUCAGGUGUUGUGUGCUAUCCAACAAAGACCCCGUACUGACCCUGUCACUACGACAGUCCAGAACAAACCCCAGAAUGAAAAGCAAAAUAGAAGACCCUGAAGUGAACUCUAUCAAGGACAUUAAAGAAGGACAGCGCCUACGGGGCUAUGUGGAAGCCAUCAAGAAGCUGGGAGUGUACUUUCGCAUUGGCCCGACACUUGUGGGUCGGGUCAAGUACCGUCAUGUUACCAAGUACUUCCUGUCUGACAGAACUUUGUACCAAACUUACCUUCCAGAAGGAAAGCUUCUUUCAGCCAAGGUCUUGAGGGUGAACCGGCAGCAGAACCUGGUGUAUCUGUCCUUCCUCCCCAAAGACACUGGGGAGCCAGAUGUAUUUCCUGAGUCUUUGGGUCUGCCACUGCGGGACCAGGGGAAGGAGAUGCUCAGCGGUCAGCCUAAGAAGAAGCGGAAAUUGGAGGAAGGAGAUCAUGGUGACUCCAAGACAAAGCAGAAGAAGCAGAAGCAGCAAGAGUCAAAGACGAAACUGAAGGAGGAAGAGGGCAGUGAGCCCAAUGUCAAACCAGGAGAAAAGUCAGCAAAUAAAGGGAAGCGGAAGAUGCCAGAGUUGGAAAGAGAACAGGAGAAAUCGAACAAGAAGAAAAAGCAAAACUUCCCACCUGAAGAAGAUGAUAGUGGAGUUGAAGUUAAUUAUAAGGAGGAGAAAAAGAAGAGACUUAAGCAGCCCAAGAAGGAGCAGCCCAAGCCAAAGGAAGUCCCCAGGCUGCAGCUGUCUUCGGGCUUUGCAUGGGACGUGAGUCUGGACAUGCUUACCCCUGCCAUGCCUCCCCAAGAGGAGAGUUCGGACAGCGAAGAAGAGGAAGCAAGCCAAGCCACGCUGAAGAAGAAAAGCAAAAAGGACAAGGAGCUGGAGAAACAGCAGGCAGAGAAGGAGCUGUCACGCAUCGAGGCAGCCCUGAUGGACCCCAGUUGGCAGCCUGAGACCGCGGAUGACUUUGAUCGGCUGGUUCUGAGCUCCCCCAACAGCUCCAUUCUGUGGCUGCAGUACAUGGCCUUCCACCUGCACGCCACAGAGAUCGAGAAAGCCCGGGCAGUGGCGGAGAGAGCUCUUAAGUCCAUCUCCUUCAGAGAAGAGCAGGAGAAGCUAAAUGUGUGGGUGGCCUUGAUGAACCUGGAGAACAUGUAUGGCUCCAAAGAGACUCUGACCAAGGUCUUUGAGCGGGCAGUGCAGUACUGUGAGCCCUUGAAGGUCUUCCUCCAGCUGGCUAACAUCUACACCAAGUCAGAGAAGUACCAGGCAGCUGAAGAGCUCUAUGGUCGGAUGCUGAAACGUUUCCGACAAGAGAAGACUGUGUGGAUCAAAUAUGGUGCCUUCCUUCUUCAGAGGGGGCAGGCUGACGCCAGUCACCGCCUGCUGCAGCGGGCCUUCAGUUGUCUGCCACAGAAAGAACAUGUGGAUGUCAUCUCCAAAUUUGCCCAGCUGGAGUUCCACCUGGGGGAUGCAGAACGAGCCAAGGCCAUGUUUGAGAGCACCCUGAGCAGCUACCCCAAGCGCACAGAUGUCUGGUCCGUCUACGUUGACAUGGUCAUCAAGCACGGGAGCCAGAAGGAAGUCCGGGACAUCUUUGAGCGAGUGGUGCACUUGAGUCUGGCCCCCAAGCGGAUGAAAUUCUUCUUCAAACGCUACCUGGACUAUGAGAAACAACACGGCACAGCCGAGACGGUGCAGGCUGUCAAGGAGAAGGCCUUAAGCUAUGUGGAGGCCAGGAGCACCCUUACUGAGAGCUAGUUAUUGACUCUGGGGCCCAGCUGGGCCAUACCAGCAUCCUCCCAGUGAUCACUCCAGGAGACUGGACAUGAGAUGUAUUUUUUUAAAAACCAUAAUGGGGGGGGAGCUGGUGUGAGGGGCUUUAUUUAAGUGUUGUUUGUAGUGAUACAGGGUAGCCCUGUAAAAGCCAGGAGUGAUGCCCGUCUGUGUGUAGGGGUGUGUGUGUGUGUGUGUGUGUGUGUGUGUGUGUGUGUGUGUAGCUAGGUGUGUGAGUGUUUGAGUGUGCAGAAGUAUGUAUGUCAGGCAUGGUCAAUGUGUCUCAUAAUUUCUCUGAACUUUUUUUUCUUUUUUGUUACAAGGGAUGGUUGGGUGGGAGGGGGGAUAUAUUGUGAAAUAAAGAUGAUAUAAAAGCAAGAGUU